AUGGCGAGCACCACAACAUGCCCCAGCGUCGCGAUUCCCGACCUCUCCACCCUGGCGGUCCCCCACGACAUCAACCUUAUGGUCAUCCCAGGGACCAGCACGGAGGAUUCCACCAUGAACCUCUGCUGCGAGCCCAGCCCCGUCCACGUCAUCGACAGGUGCUGGGUGUGGUGUGAAUUGCCGGCCUCGUACUGGGUCAACGGCACCCAGUCGAACGACGCCGUGCAACAAGCGUGCAGGCGUCGGAGGCCUGCUUGCGGGCCAACGGCCGCAACGUCACUGGGUUUCCCAUUGCCGGCUGGCAGUUCAAUGCGGCGGGCAGGGCUGGGGCGGACUCGGUGA